AUCCGAGCCAAGAAGAAACCUACUCCAGUGAAGUAUGAAGUUGGGGAUCUUGUUUGGGCCAAGUUCAACAGACGCCCAUGGUGGCCAUGCACAAUUUGUCAUGACCCAGUGCUGGACUGUCACUCAAAAAUGAAAGUUUCCAAUCGGAGACCAUACCGAGAGUACUAUGUGGAUGCCUUAGGAGAACCUUCAGAGAAAACCUGGGUUGCUGGGAAAGCUAUUGUCCUCUUCGAAGGAAGACAUCAGUUUGAAGAGCUGCCCAUUCUUCGGAGAAGAGGAAAGCAAAAGGAAAAAGGCUACAAACAUAAGGUUCCUCAGAGAUUUAUGGCUAAGUGGGAAGUCAGUGUUGGACAGGCAGAAGACAUUCUUCUCGGGGGGCCGGAGGAUCAGAAGUGCAGCCAGAACUCCAGCGAGCUGGACAGCGAGAAGGAAGUGCAGUUGGAGUACUAUGCCAAUGGCCCUGGAGCAGAAAGGGACAGGCAGCUGAAUGGCUGCUUUAAAUCCCUGGCGUUUGACUCCAGACACCCAGCCGGUGAAAAAGGAAAAUUGCACACGAAGCCACAUGUGAAAAAGAGCUCUGACAGCAGAAAAAGGACUAGAGUAAAAAAGAGCGGUGCAAGAGGGGAAGCAUCUAGGGUAGAAAUCAAAGAAAAAGAAAAAACGCCAGAGAGCAUAGUUAGAAACGUGAUAGUUGGGGACCUACCAGAUAAACACGCCUCUCACGAGCUUCGCCGGAUCGCCAACAGCCUAACAGCGUCCAGCAGCACCAGGGAAAACCAUUUGCUUUCCUCCUUUGGAGAAAGACGUUUUGAAAAGACGCUUUUGAAACCGGACUAUGAGAAUCGUAAAAGCGAUGCUCUGAAGAACACUCUUCAAGGGAAUUUGUUUUCCAGCGCAUCUUUGGAGAGAGAGAAAAGCUCCCUGGGCAUUUUGUGCAGCUCCAAAUUACAAAUACACUAUUCUGCAUCUGACGCCAGUAUUGAGAAAAAGCAAACUGAAUCGGAUUCCUCCUCUUCCCUCUCCGAUGGUGGGAACAGCGACGUAGAUACCGUGGACCAAAGUUCAGAGAGAGCCUCCAGUGCUCUUGAAGUCAGCGAUUCUUCAGAUAAAGUGAAGAAGGAAUUUCCUAUGACAUCAAGUGGAAACAUUAAACUUUCCAUGUACCUUUCUCAGAAGACCAACAGAAGGGCCAGGAAGAAGUCCUACAGAGACUGCAAAGCUCUGGGAGGUUCAGUAACUGGCAGACUUGGCACUGAAUUUGCAGAUAGGGAUCUUGAAGUAGGCUUCUCUGAUGCUGAAAUGUCAUUGACGGCUCUUGAAUGCUCUUCAAAUGUGAGAAAGACUCUACCAAACAAGCACACUACUCCCCAAAGUGUUUCCAAGGACAGCUCCUGGCCUGCUGCUGCAAAUCAAGCAAUCUUAAAACCGAAAAGCAUGAAAUUGCCCCGAAUCAGGAGUAUAAAAUGCAAACAUAAAGAAAAAGUCACUGGGUUGGAGCCCUCUCUUACAGAUGAGGAGGGUGGCGUGAAUCGCUGCUCUUCUGAUACCAAAGGUUUCUCUGUCCUUCAGAGAGAUUCUCUUAAGAGAAGUGGAAAAGUUGAUGGUCAGAAACUGUUAAACAACGUGCACGAGAAACCCAGGGAUUCUGCCGAAAUCGAAACUGCUGUGGUGAAACACGUCUUGUCGGAGCUGAAGGAGCUGUCGUACCGGUCCAUGAGUGACGAUGCUGGUGACUCUGGUGCUCCGAAGGCCACAGUGCCCUUACUUUUCUCUCCCACCUCUGGUCACGGUCGUUUGCCUAUUGAGCCAGAUUACAAGUUCAGCACCUUGUUAAUGAUGUUGAAGGAUAUGCAUGACAGUAAGACAAAAGAGCAGCAACUGAUGACUGGUCAAAAUAUAGUCCCAUUUCGAAAUGCCAGCACAGCUGAUGGUUCUGGAAGCAAUUCUUCGAGUGGUCUGAAGUCCUUGUCUAUUGUAGGUCCCCAAUGUAAAAUAGAAAAAAAUGGAGAUUGUGUCCAGGAAACAGUAAAUCCAAACUCCGCUAUAAGCAACUCCUCAUUUUCACGCAAUCCUCCAACCAAGUUGACGGGGAUGGGUACUAGUAAAAGGGAGCCCGCGAGUACCGCUGGUUUUGGGACAAACGGCACAAAUUGCGUGCCCAAACGGAACUGUUCAAAAUCUAAGCAGUCAUCAAAGCUUGGAGAUAAAACAGUUUCAAACAGAAAGGACUUAAAACCAGGAGGGCCAAUACAUUCAGAGAGGAAACGCCUUAGAAAGCCAAGUAAACGGCUUCUGGAAUAUGCAGAAGAAUAUGAUCACUUAUUUGCACCCAAGAAAAAAUCAAAGAAGAGCCAGGAGCAAUUGCAAAAGGUGAAUUCUGUGGCGAGGUCUGAAUUUGAAGGAAGUCUUCCUGCACAAUGCAGUCCUGACAGAGAGACCCAGAGGGGACCGAGUCCUUUGGUUUCAACUCCAUCUUCAACCAAAGAGUCCCCUCCUGUCCUUGAAGCAGAGUGCUCCUUCUCUGAACUAGGAUCCAAUUCCAGUGACCCCACUAAUAAACUUCUAGAAGGACCUUCAGGUUUUCCAGAGCUGGUGCUGUGUUCCUCAGAUGCCUCUGAAGUUUCUGCUUCUCCAGAUGCAGAAGAGAGAUUCCUGAAAUCAGGAAAUUUUGAAAGCAAGCGUCAAAGGAAGCCCACCAAAAAGCUCUUGGAAUCCAAUGAUUUGGACACUGCCUUUAUGCCAAAGAAGGAGGAGUGGACUCCCCCAAAGAAGGGCACUGGCCCUUUGGAGAGCGACAGCUCUGAGCUGUACUCACUAGCCCACUUCUCGGACCUGGGAGAAGCUUCUGAAAAGGUCUUGGAGAAGCAGCGGAAGCGAAAGAGACAGCGCCAUUCCUCUGCUGCAAUGCAUUCCAAGAAGGAGAAAAAUGAGGAGGUGGUGGGGGACACUCCACACUCUGAGAGGGAGACAUCGGUACAUGGGACUGCUGCAAGCCCCAAAAUGGGUCAUGAAGAGGGGUCAGAGAAUGACCAUGGAGUGCCUUCAUCCAAAAAGAUGCAGGGGGAGCGUGGAGGAGGAGCAGCUCUCAAGGAGAACGUGUGUCAGAUCUGCGAGAAGCCAGGGGAAUUGUUGCUGUGUGAGUCGCAGUGCUGUGGUGCUUUCCACCUGCAGUGCCUUGGGCUCUCCGAGAUGCCAAAGGGCAAAUUCAUCUGCAAUGAGUGUUCCACAGGGGUGCAUACCUGCUUUGUGUGCAAGAGCUGCGGGGAAGACGUAAAACGGUGCUUGCUGCCCCUGUGUGGGAAGUACUACCAUGAAGCGUGCAUACAGAAGUAUCCGCCCACGGUCAUGCAGAACAAGGGCUUCCGCUGCUCCCUGCACAUAUGCAUGACGUGUCAUGCUGCUAACCCAGCAAACAUCUCUGCGUCUAAAGGUCGCUUGAUGCGCUGUGUCCGAUGUCCAGUUGCGUACCACUCCAAUGACUUCUGCCUCGCUGCUGGGUCUGUGGUCCUUGCCUCCAACAGCAUCAUCUGCCCUAAUCACUUCACUGCACGGAGGGGCUGCCGCAACCACGAGCACGUCAACGUCAGCUGGUGCUUUGUCUGCUCAGAAGGGGGCAGCCUUUUAUGCUGCGAGUCGUGCCCGGCUGCAUUUCACCGUGAGUGUCUAAACAUUGAGAUGCCAGAGGGAAGCUGGUAUUGUAAUGAUUGCAAGGCAGGCAAAAAGCCACACUACAAGGAAGUGGUCUGGGUGAAAGUUGGGCGCUACAGGUGGUGGCCAGCUGAGAUUUGCCAUCCUAGGACAAUUCCUGUCAACAUCCAGAAAAUGAAGCAUGACAUCGGUGAAUUCCCUGUGCUGUUCUUCGGCUCCAAGGAUUACCUGUGGACCCACCAGGCCCGUGUGUUCCCUUACAUGGAAGGUGAUGUCAGCAGCAAAGACAAGAUGGGGAAGGGCGUGGAUGGCAUUUACAAGAAAGCUCUUCAGGAAGCUGCAGUAAGAUUUGAAGAGUUGAAGGCACAGAAAGAACUGAGGCAGCUUCAGGAAGACAAAAAGAAUGACAAGAAACCUCCUCCCUACAAACAUAUCAAGGUGAACCGGCCGGUGGGUAAGGUGCAGAUCUUCACUGCAGACCUCUCUGAGAUACCGCGUUGCAACUGCAAACCAACAGACGAAAACCCAUGUGGCCUGGACUCCGAAUGCAUCAAUCGCAUGUUGCUCUAUGAGUGCCACCCCAUGGUCUGCCCUGCCGGGGAGCGCUGCCAGAACCAGUGCUUCUCCAAGCGGCAGUAUCCCGAGGUACAAAUUUUCCGCACGCUGGCACGAGGCUGGGGCUUGCAAGCCAAAACAGACAUCAGAAAGGGCGAAUUUGUUAAUGAGUAUGUUGGUGAGCUGAUUGACGAAGAGGAGUGCCGAGCCCGAAUCCGUUAUGCUCAGGAGCAUGACAUCACCAAUUUCUACAUGUUGACACUGGAUAAGGAUCGAAUCAUUGAUGCCGGGCCAAAGGGCAAUUACGCUCGGUUCAUGAACCAUUGCUGCCAGCCAAACUGUGAGACUCAGAAAUGGUGUGUGAAUGGCGACACGCGGGUCGGGCUCUUCGCAAUUGUAAAUAUCAAAGCUGGGACUGAGCUGACUUUCAACUACAAUCUGGAGUGUUUGGGAAACGGAAAGACCGUUUGUAAAUGUGGUGCCCCAAAUUGCAGCGGCUUCCUAGGAGUACGGCCAAAGAGUCAACCCACCCUCACCGAGGAGAAGUCCAAGAAGCUAAAGAGGAGGCCGCAGAUGAAGCGCAGGUCGCAGGCAGAGGUGAUGAAGGAGCGAGAGGACGAAUGUUUCAGCUGUGGGGACGGAGGGCAGCUGGUUUCUUGUAAGAAGUCAGGCUGCCCCAAGGUGUACCAUGCAGACUGCCUCAACCUGACCAAGAGACCUGCAGGAAAAUGGGAAUGCCCGUGGCAUCAAUGUGAUAUGUGUGGUAAGGAAGCAGCUUCCUUCUGCGAGAUGUGCCCCAGGUCCUUCUGCAAGCAGCACCGGGAAGGCAUGCUCUUCAUCUCCAAGCUGGAUGGACGUUUAUCCUGCACAGAGCAUGAUCCCUGUGGGCCUCACCCUCUAGAGCCAGGAGAAAUUCGUGAGUAUGUGCCUCCCAUAGAAGACCUGGCUAAUGGCGAGGACACGCAGCCACCAGAGCAGCCGCCUGCAGACACAGACCUGAGCGUUCAGCCUCUGGACAGCCUACCUCAGUCUGUGGCUCUCAGACUGCAGUCGCCAGAAAAGCCCCCGGCUACCCUGGCGCUGAGGCUGCCACCAUCAGACAAGUCCCCCACCACCCUAGCCCUGAGGUUGCAGCCGUCAAACAAGCCCCCUACCACCCUGGCCCUCAAGCUGCCUCCACCAGACAAACCACCCGCCACCCUGGCACUGAGACUGCCACCGUCAAAUAAACCCCCCACCACCUUGUCACUGAGGCUGAAGCCAUCCAACAAACCCCCCACCACCCUCUCCCUCCGGCUGAAGCCUUCCGACAACAAACCUCCCACCACCCUAUCGCUCCGCCUGCAGCCAUCGGACAAGCCCCAGGCUGCCCUGUCCCUAAGGCUGCAGUCGGAGAAGCAACCCGUCAUCUUAGCGCUGAAGCCUCAGGAGCCUGACAAACCUCCCACUAACGCAGUGCUGUGGCCACUGGAUGAGUCCUCCAGUGAUGCCUCACAGCCUCAGCUGCCAAGCAAAUCUCCUCCGGGAACCCCGCAGUCGUCGGACGAGUCGCUUGAUACUGCUGGUCCCCUGCAGCUCCAGCUGUCGGAUGAGCCUUCUGCCGCCCCUGAGGUGCUUGAGUUAUCAGACGAGUCUCUCAUUGACACCAGGACCCAGCAGCCUGAGCUGCUGGAUGAGUUCCCAACGAAAUGCCUGCAUCCUCAACUGUCGGACAGACUUCUUGCCACGGAGGAUGAGCCUCCUGAGGCCGAUCAGCCUCAGCUGUUGGACAGAGCUUCUACCCAAAGUCCACAGCUUCAGUCUGUGGAAAAGGCUUCCAGCUCCGUGGUGCCACAGGUCCCAGCAUUGGAGAUUACUCCCAUUCCUGGGGUGCUGUGGCCUCUGCACACUGAGAAUGUCCCUGGCUCCCCAGUCUCACAGAUCCUGCCCACGGAGAAGGCUCCUGGACGGGCUGUGCCACGGCCCCCACCUCCAGAGAAGGCUUCUUUCUCUGGAGCAGCACGGGUCCCAGGCAUGGAGAAUGCUCCCAGCUGUGGGGCACCCUGUCCCCUGCUUCCGGAGAAGGCUCCUGCCUCAGGGAUGCCACGGGUCCUGCCCACAGAGAAGGCUCCCAGCUCAGGGGUGGCACGGCCCCUGCCUCCAGAGAAGGCUGCUGGCUCCCAGUCACCACACGUCCCACCCAUGGAGAAGGCUCUCGGCUCGGGGGCCCUACGGAUCCCACUCACACAGAAAGCUCUCACCCCUGGGGUACUGCGGCCCCUGCCUCCGGUGAAGGCUGCUGACUCCGCGGCCCUUUGGGCCCUGCCUCCGGAGAAGGCCCUUGGCUCUGGGAUGGCUCGGCCUCAGUUCUUGGAGAGGCCUCUUACUCUUACGGCCCCGUGGCCUCCGGUGUCGGAUGCUGUGGCUCCUCGGCCUCAAGGCUUGGACAAGCCUCCGGCUGCAUCAGCUCCAAGGCUGUUGCUGUCGGAGAAGGCGCUGCGGCCUGUCGACCAGAACGCGCAGCUGAAGGAGAGAGGAGCCCCGGCCGUGGAGCUGAGUCCCCAGCAGAAAGAGAGGACCAUGUUAGCUGGUGAGCAAAUCUCUUGGUCUGCUGGGAAGGUGGUGACGCAUGUCGGACAGGUACCUUGGCCUGUGGAGAAACUACAGACGCAUGAGCAAACCCACUGGCCCAGUGCAAAAGCCCUGACACCCGCAGAGCAGCCUCCCCGGACCGCAGAGAAGCUACCAGAGCCAACCCUUCAACCCAUCUGGGAAGUGGCCUCAGCCCCUGCAGAGCAAACCCCUUGGACAUCAGAGAGAUUGCGUGCGUUUGAGCAGACCCCUCGGCCGGCCAGGGAAGCACCGCUGCCCCCAGAGCAGACGCAGUGGCUUGUCAUGAACGUUCAGACAAUUGACCAGAUUACUUGGCUGAAUGGAAAAGCACAGACUCCUCGGGGGCAGGACCCUUUGCCUGAACAAAACGCAGCGCUAGCCCGUAACCAGGAUUCUGUCUGUCAUGAGUUGGCUGACUCAGAGCCAAAGUGA